GUAACCGGAAGUGUUCACAUGCAGUGACCCUAAUGCACCGACUUAACUUCAUUGCAAAUGCUAAGAGCUUUCCUCAGUGUCUGUGACAGUAAAAGAGGCAGACAAACAGCUCAGCUGGACGACACUUGCAGUCUGUUUUAGUUGCUGUAUGGACUCGUGAAAUCUUCAUUGUCUCCGCUAACGUCGCGAGGCUGACAUGGCCGCUCCCCCUCCAGCACCGGGCUUUCAAGACAAGACCAGAGUAGCCAUCCUGGCGGAGCUGGAUAAAGAGAAGAGGCGCCUGAUGCAGAACCAGUCUAUGAACAACCCCGGUGCAAACAUCCCUCUGUCGUGUAGAGCCAGCCUGAAGGAGGUGAGGGACAGCGCGGAGCAGCAGCACACCGCCGCCCAGCAGAAGGCCGCCCUGCAGCAUGCGCACGGCCACUCCUCCGGGUUCUUCAUGACUCAGGACUCCUCGUUUGGGAACCUCAUCCUCCCGGUGCUACCCAGGCUGGAGCCCGACAUAUCAUUACUACAGACAAUUACUAGACAUUAACAACAACUCAUUAUUAAAGAUUACACAUUUUGACUCUCUUUUAUUGCGCUCUUUGUCCAAAGGUGAUAAAGGCAAAGAAAGAAAAAUAUCUUAGUUACAGAAAGAAACGUGAAUCAAUUCAGCGUUGCUCUAUUGGCUGUGAUGAAUUAGUGGGAAUUUGUAUCUUCUGUGCUGCUACUAAUGACAACUUUCCACUUGUUACCAGCCAAACAGAAUAUCAAUAUAAGCAGUACCCUACUGAAAACAUGCAAGUUCACAACAUACCAACUAUUUUCAGCUGAUUGUAUAAUGAACUUGAACUCAAAUUGAUGCUGCAUCAUCUACAAAAGCAAACUACACAAUCAGAAAUAAAAUGUAUAUAUUUUUUGAA